GUACUCAAUCCUUCCGUGGCUCGCACAGUUCACGACGUGGCGAGCGGCGGCGAAUUCGGCUGCCGCGGUGACCGACUUUUUUCUCUCUCUAUCUCUCUUCUCCUUUUCCUUCUCUUCUUCCUCUCAUUUUCCUUUUUCCCCUUCUCCCCUUUUGCCUUCAAACUAUUCGUUAUCAUCUUUUUGAAAAGCCUCCCACUUCCUGGCAGUGGGGAGGAGCUGCUCGUAGUUUAUCCUUCCUUACGGUCAGACAUCGCUUAUUUGCUUCACGACAGUAGUCGCGGCAUCAUUAAAUAUAAAGACGUAGAGUCGAACGGACAUAGUACGCUCAAGCAAACGGAACUCUUUUCUUUUUUUUUCGCAUCAAGAGGCUAAGAAAGAGAAACGUACAGAUAUAGACUUCGUGCGGUACAUAUACGUUCAGUGAUAACCACAACAACAGACACUCGAAGACAUUUAUAGGAGCUUCGAUAGAGCGGGUCCUUGAUUAAUCAGUGAUCCGUGAUCGAUACGAGAUGUUGGAAAAAAUUGGGCUAUGGCUUUGGUACAAGAUGGGUGGUACCGGGCUCGAGGUCCUUUACACCUUUCUGGUGUUCGUCGUUGUUAUUUUUCUGGCGAUGAAGUUGAUAGAGUAUUGGAAAUACACUUUGCCACCCGGCCCAUGGGGGAUACCGAUCUGCGGCUACUUACCCUUCAUCAAAGGCGACUUGUACAUGGAGUUCGGCAAGUUGGCUAAGAAAUACGGUAGUACAUUCAGCGUCCGCUUUGGCUCCGACUUGAUCGUCGUUCUCAGCGAUUAUAAGACCAUACGCCAGGCAUUCCAACUCGACGAGUUCAGCGGCAGACCGCACAACGAUUUCAUGAACAUCCUCGACGGAUACGGCGUCAUCAACACGGAGGGUGCCUUGUGGAAGGAUCAGAGAAAAUUCAUUCAUACCAUGUUUGGAACGUUAAGCAAGAAGGACGGCAUAAAAUUUUUAGACAAUAUGAUCACAAACGAGGUCCAGCUACUUCUUUCGGAGUUGGAGAAGCGACAUGGGGAUCCCAUAGACCUCUCGAUUUAUCUUAGUGUAUCGAUCAGCAAUGUGAUAUGUGAAUUUACAAUGAACGAACGCUUUCGCUACGACGAUGAGAGAUUCAAGCGAUUCAUGAAUCUUAUUAAUGAAGGAUUCACACUCUUCGGUCGCUUGACGUACGCGAAUUAUAUACCUAUAUUGCGCUAUUUACCAGGCAUUCAUAGCGUUCGAAAUAAAAUUGCGCAAAAUCGAACGGUAAUGGCUAAUUUCUUCCAAGAGAUUAUUGACAAACAUAAAAGAACAAACUCAUACGAGGUAGAAGAUUCUAUUUCCGACGUCGUUGAUGCCUAUCUGUACCAAAUUAAGGAAGCCGAGAAAAAAAAUGAGGACCAUCAACUUUUCCAAGGAAAAGAUAAGAAUCGUCAGAUACAACAAGUUAUGGGCGAUCUCUUCUCCGCUGGUAUGGAAACGGUGAAGAAUACUCUGCAGUGGGCGGUGGUUUUCAUGUUGCAUUACCCGGAAGCGGCGAAGGCGGUGCAGGACGAAUUGGAUCAGGUCGUAGGAAGAGCAAGAAUACCCUUAUGGGAGGAUAUGUCCAAACUUCCGAUCACCAACGCGACGAUUCAAGAGAUUCUUCGCAAAUCCAAUCUCGUGCCGCUCGGAACGACGCACGCCACCACACGGGAUGUGACAUUGAAUGGCUAUAAUUUACCAGCCGGCACUCAUGUGAUACCGCUAUUGUCUGCCGUGCAUAUGGAUCCGAUCUGGAACGAUCCAGAAGACUUCCGACCUAGCCGUUUCCUCAAUGAGGGUACUGUCACAAAACCGAAAUACUUCAUGCCAUUCGGAUACGGUAAACGAAGAUGUUUAGGCGAAAAACUGGCACACAUGGAGAUCUUCCUGUUCUUCAGUUCAUUGAUGCACAGGUUUAACCUGAACCUGCCUGAAGGUGAAUCAUUACCCGACCUGCAAGGCAACGUCGGCAUCACAAUAUCGCCGGCGCCUUUUAAAGUUUGUUUACUGAAGAGAGAGCUGAUAGGCUGUGACAUCAAUGAAAACAUCUUCAAUCAUGGGUCCCUGCGUAAGUUUGGCAGUUAAGUGUCCUCAACGGAUUCCAGAGUACGGGCACGGUAUUUGUUCCUAUUGUCCGACAAAGAGAAGAGAAGCCGCAAGUUGAAUGCUGACGCCAUGGGGUCCAUCCACGCUAGCGCAUGCACGCAUCAGCUAGAAUGGACGCUCGUAAGUUUAAUUGUAAUUAUCAUAAAUUUUAUCGAAAAUUCAAUCGAUUGAAAAUUGAGUAAAAAUCGAUCUAAUAA